CCGAGGAGUCUCUGCUGGUUCCUGUGAAGUCGAAACGGGCUCUGUGGACAGACAGCAGGAGGCGAGAAAACCCGCUGCUGUCCCCUUCGACCUCCAUUUAAAAAAAAACAAUAACGGUUUGAUCCUGGUUUUUUCCUGCAGACGUGAAGCCCGAUUCCUGAAAAUCAAGUGCUAAACAUCUCAUCACUAUUGCUGAAUACUUGAGACUGGCCCUGGACAGGUUUGUGUUGUAGCUGUGUGGCUGGCAGCCUGGCUGCCUCCCUGCCUCCAGAUGAAUGAAGAACACUCCGGGACACAGGGACACAGCUGAUACAGGGCAUGCAGGUGUUUCUGCAAAUAUGAUGAAGAAAAAGAAUCCCCAUAAGAAACAUAAGAGUAGUCUGGGUCCGACCACCAAAGUUCUGUCACAGCCUCGACGCAACAUCGUCGGCUGCAGGAUCCAGCACGUGUGGAAGGAGGGAGGAGGCCAUGUGAUCUGGAAAGGAACAGUGCUCGACCAGGUGCCAGUGAACCCGGCUCUCUAUCUGAUAAAGUAUGAUGGUUUUGACUGUGUUUAUGGUCUGGAGCUUCAUAAAGACGAGAGAGUUCAGGGACUGGAGGUGCUCCCUGACAGACUGGCUAAAUCCCGUCUGACAGAUGUCAGCCUGGCAGAUGCCAUGAUAGGUAAAGCAGUGGAGCACAUGUUUGAGACGGAGGAAGGUCCAAAGGAGGAGUGGAGGGGGAUGGUGCUGGCCCGAGCUCCCAUCAUGACCACCUGGUUCUAUAUCACCUACGAGAAAGACCCGGUCCUCUAUAUGUACCAGCUGCUGGAUGACUAUAAAGAAGGGGACCUCCGCAUCAUGCCUGACUCCAACGACAGUGUCCCGACGGAGAGGGAACCUGGUGAGGUGGUCGAUAGCCUGGUGGGUAAACAGGUUGAGUACGCCAAAGAGGAUGGCGGCAAACGAACGGGCAUGGUCAUUCACCAGGUGGAGGCAAAACCCUCCGUCUACUUCAUUAAGUUCGACGACGACUUCCUCAUUUACGUCUACGACCUAGUCAAAACUUCGUAAACUAAGUGGAUGUCCUAAGCCACCAAGACAGAAACAAAAUGCAACACAUGUUAAAACACCUGAAGCAUUUAAUCCAGCGCUCAUCCUUCAGACCAUCAAAUACAAAAAUAAACUCAAAAAAAGAUUUCUUGUUGCGGAAGAACACAGGAUAGAUACUUUUUGAGGGGGCUUGGUUAAGUUGAAGCAUUUCAUCUAUGACCUUAAAUUCUUAAAAUAAAAGAAAUAAAUUGGUCAUGGUUUUACAUUACCCUCAAAAGAUCAACUUUUUGAAGCCCCUUAAUAGUUUCAUGAAAAACAGAAAGCUAUCCAAAAAUUCUAUUUUACUCCAGGAAAAUAUUGAGAAAGUUGAAGCGAGAUGAAGGCUCUUUAGAAUCUCACAUUUUAAACAAAAAUUUGCCGACUUUUUAAAAUCCUCCUCCUCCUUACACCUAAAGAAACUAAACCUUAAAAUUCACUGUUAGUGUCUGAUUUCAUCCAGUGCGCUGGUUGCAGAAAAAAAAUUUGGUCUUGGUGAAGUGUCUCAAUGAAGAUGUCACUGAAAAGUGUGAUAGCAGCCAUCUCUUCUGUGCUACUCCUGAUGAGGAUAAUCAGGAGUUACUGGCAGCAUGGAAAAUACCAAACUGAAAGUCUUUAGAGAUUUCUUGUCAUAUUUUCAAUUAACAAAUCUAGCUGCAGAAAAGUGAGCAGACUCCUAGUGAAGUGAAGUGUGGAACUGGUUGGUGGAAGGGCCUUCAAAAAGAAAGACUAGAAGAAGGUGAAUUCUUGGACCAGAAAAACAAAUAAUUGCUAUCAUGACAGAGAAUGAGCAUGUGUUUUGUUUUUGGGACACUUUAAGAUAGGAACAAACAAUACAGCUCACUGUCACAUCCAAUAAGGACUGGCAUUACCACGGUGUGGGAGCCCAUUUCUGCCAGGAAAAAAAGAUGAUAUAAACAGAUGAAUAGUUAGAAAUAACAAAACAAAAAUACUCAUGGAAAGUCAAAAUUACAACUUUCUAAAUGAAAAUGGUGAGAUAGUUUAAACAAUGAAGGAAGUCAAAAUUAUAAUAUGUGAAGUCCAAAGAACCUGUGUUAUGAGUUUGACUACUUCAGUCUCAAGCUUUUACUCAUGUCUCCCAUUUUUCAGUUAAAUCACGUAAUUUUGACUUAAUAUUUCACAAUUGUGACAAAGUAAGCCAAUAUUUUUACUUUCAUAAUGUUGAAUUAGUUCAUCUAAGUUUGCAUUAGUAUGUAAGUCAUAAUUAUGUCUUAAUUUAGUAAAUCUUAGUUUUGGUUUAGUAAAUCAAAAAAAAAAAA